AUGUAUGGCGCAGUAGUAUCCAAAGAACUGGGCGUGGCGGAUAAUUCAUCUUUCCAGUCGCCGCCCUUUGUGCCAUUCGAAUACGGCAGUAAGUACGUUGCGAAGGUACGGGUCGGUAUUUUUGCUGGAGGAGUUUGUAGUCUGAUUUUCUCUCUUGCAAUGGGUUCCGUUGGCAUCAUAUAUUUACUUCGUCCGACUGAUGACAAAAAAAUCCUAGGUAUUGACGAGUUCUGGCGUGUCAGCUUGAGUUUGAUAACGUUUGCUACAGUGCUUGUUGGCAUAUCUACCUUCCAAAUUAUUUCCUAUGUCAAGAAGCCUUUCGAAUCUGAAAAAAUAAAAAGGAUGGAUCUUUGUCUCUUGGUUUGUACUCUCAUUUGCGGUGUCCUGUUCCUUAUCAACGGUGUAUUAUUCUUCACAAUGAUUUCAAGUGUUGGCAGUUCCAUUGCAAAAGCCCUUGACGAAGAAAUAGUCACUGCUUAUGGGUUUGAAGGUGAAGCGACAAAUGCCAUCGACAGUCUGCAAUUAAAGUUUGCAUGCUGUGGAGGUUCCAACUACGAGGUCUACGAAGGUUCACGCUGGAGUGCACACCCAAGUGAUAUCGUCCCCAAGGUUGGCCUUGUUCCUGAUUCUUGCUGUGUCUGGAACGAAUCCACUUGGCAGAUCGUGGAUCCGGAGGCUUGUCACGGGGAUACUUUGACUGUCCCCAACUCAGCAAAUUUGAAGGUAUGUCUUUCUGCGAUGAAUCAGUCUGUAACAGUCCCUUCAUAUAGUUUUACUUGCAAAUCAUUUUGA